GAUGAGAUAUUGGACAUGAGGCUCAAAAUAUUUGUUCAGAAAACCUCACCUCCUUCCUUCCUUCCACAGUUCCACACACAGACAUGCACUAAGAACGUGAAAAAACACACAGUUGUAUGCACUAAAAUGCAGCUUCUUCGCGCUCCAUCCUCUUCCGCCUUGCCAUUUCAUUUCUCGAAUUCACAACCCAGAGGAAGAAAUGAAAGGCUUGCAUGGGUUUCGUUUAAAGAUUCAGCGUGGAGCUCAAUCACGCCUAAAGCUGCUUCUGUUCAAGCUUCUGCUUCAGCAGUAUCAAGUCAAACAGCCGAGACUGAUGUGCUAAAAUCCUUGUCUCAGAUCAUAGAUCCAGACUUUGGUACAGACAUUGUCUCUUGUGGAUUUGUGAAGGACCUUAAUGUGAACAAGGCAUUAGGAGAGGUUUCUUUUCGGUUAGAGCUGACAACACCAGCAUGUCCAAUCAAGGACAUGUUUGAGAAGCAGGCUAAUGAGGUGGUGGCUGCACUUCCCUGGGUCAAAACGGUAAGUGUUACAAUGUCAGCCCGACCAGCAAGACCUGUUUAUGCAGGGAACCUUCCAGAACAUCUGCAAACAAUAUCGAACGUCAUUGCUGUUUCAAGUUGCAAGGGAGGGGUAGGAAAAUCAACAGUAGCUGUGAACCUUGCAUACACUUUGGCUGGUAUGGGUGCUAGAGUUGGGAUUUUCGACUCAGAUGUAUAUGGCCCCAGUUUGCCAACGAUGGUCUCCCCAGAAAACCGGUUACUUGAAAUGAAUCCGGAGAAGCAAACUAUCAUUCCAACUGAAUACUUGGGUGUUAAGUUGGUAUCAUUUGGGUUUGCUGGGCAAGGACGUGCAAUAAUGCGAGGUCCAAUGGUUUCGGGGGUCAUCAAUCAACUAUUGACUACUACUGAAUGGGGAGAACUGGACUACCUCGUCAUUGACAUGCCCCCAGGAACGGGUGAUAUUCAACUCACCUUAUGCCAGGUCGUUCCAUUGACUGCUGCUGUCAUUGUUACCACACCUCAGAAGCUAGCAUUCAUAGAUGUUGCAAAAGGAGUUCGCAUGUUUUCAAAGCUAAAGGUUCCUUGUGUAGCUGUGGUUGAAAACAUGUGCCAUUUUGAUGCUGAUGGAAAACGCUACUAUCCAUUUGGUAGAGGGUCAGGUUCUCAGGUUGUUGAGCAGUUUGGUAUCCCCAAUCUUUUUGAGCUUCCAAUUAGACCAACUUUAUCGGCUUCUGGAGAUAGUGGAAUCCCUGAUGUGGUGGCUGAUCCUCAAGGUGAAGUUGCAAGAACAUUUCAAGAGUUGGGCAUUUGUGUGGUGCAACAAUGUGCUAAGAUCAGUCAACAAGUAUCAACUGCUGUCACUUAUGAUAAAGGUAUGAAGGCAAUCAGGGUGAAAGUACCUGAUUCAGAUGAAGAGUUCUAUUUGCACCCAGCAACCGUUAGACGAAAUGAUCGAUCAGCUCAAAGUGUGGAUGAAUGGACUGGUGAGCAGAAACUGCAGUAUGCUGAUGUUCCAGAGGACAUUGAACCUGAAGAAAUUCGGCCCAUGGGAAAUUAUGCUGUAUCGAUUACUUGGGCAGACGGAUUUAGCCAGAUUGCUCCUUAUGACCAGCUGCAGACAAUGGAACGCUUAGUUGAUGUUCCACUGUUGAUCUAAAUGAAAAUGGCUGUUCUGAGGUUAUACCAUAGAUGCCGAAAGGACCCCACGAUCAAUUUUCUGCUUUUGUGGGUCUGUUGUAGUCACAAGCAAAGAUGGAGUAUAUAUUUACAACGAAUAUAGGACUCUAAAGAUACUUUGAUUGCUUCAAUCCCACACCUCAGAUAGUCAAAUUUCUCCAGUUUAUAGCUUAUUGUUAGCCAUGCUCUAUCAUUUUCUCAUAAAUAAGUAGGUGCAAGGGUCAAUGAUACAAUAGAGGUAGUUUGCAUCCAUUAAAAAAGCCUAGACAUUCUAUCCCUCUAAGUGGAACUUGCAAAAUCCAAUUUAACCAUCCUUUCAGUC